GCGCGGGCCGGAGUCGAGCCUGGUGGGCGGCGGGAGGCGCAGCCGACCCGGCCGGCGACAGCGGUGGCUUCUGCUUCGCCGAGCCGGGACGCCGCCAUCGGCCGCUGGGCUGCACCUUCAUAGGCUGCUGCUCCCCGGGGAUCCGUGCCCCGGCGCCCGCCGGGGCUUGGUCGCUCGCCGCCGCGGGCGGAGCCUGCGGACCUGCCCUCGCACCCCGCGCGCCCAGCUCGGCUCAGCCUGGCCGCGGGAGCCCUAGCGCAGCAUCCUCCGACCGCUCAUGCUGCGGCUGGUGGCGAGCGGCGAGCCUGCCCCUCAGUGACCUCAGCCUGGUCCCCGCGCGUCGCCCGAGGCGCUCCCCCACGAUGGCUGAGCCUGGGGCCCCGUGUCCCGCUUUGGCUCGGCUGGGACCGCGCCGCGCCCGGUGCCCCCGGUACCCCCGCUGAUCCGCUCCAGGCCGGGGAUCGCAGGGCCCGGGAGCCCCCAACUGUCGCCUCCCCGCCGCACCCUUCCCCUCCGCCCUCUCCGCUGCUGUUCCCCCGGGCUAGGGGCUAGGGGGACCUAGACAAAGCCCCACUUUGUGCGGGAGGCGGGCGUGGAAUGUGCGCGGCGGCGCGCGCCCCCUCCCCGCCCCGCCAGCUGCAAGUCUUGGCUCCCAGAAGGGUCGCGACGGAGAAGUCGCCCCCGGCGCCGCUCUCUCCCCUCGCAUCCCCGGUCCCCGGGGUCCAGACUGGGAGCUCACGCGGGCCCCCUUCGCUCGCGCCAGUGUGAGUGUGCAAGGAUUCCGUAGAGGAAUUUGUUCUCUCCAAAACUGGGAGUGAGUGGGCACCGGUGCCUUGGGCCUCUUUUCCAGCGUUGCCCCAGGAGCUGUCUGGCCUCAGUCUCCCUACCCCCGGGCCCCUACUUUUCUCCUCUCUGCCAUCCUAGAUCGCUGCGGGUCAUUGUUCUCGCUGCCAAAUGGGGGUGCUUUGUACAGGCUGCCAAGUUGGGGUAUGUUCUCUUCAUCCCGUUUUUCAAACAAAACAGGGCUACUAAGGCGGACCCUGGGCAACCCACCUGGCCAUCACUCCAGGUUGAUGCGCUGAUUCUUUCUUACCAAAUAGUAUUUUAUUGUACAGGAGCCACGCCCUGGUUUCUUAAAGGCGCCCGGCACUGUUUGGCCAUGUGUUAUCUCUAUAGCGGGUGUGUGGGAGGCCUUCUGUAAGGCACUAAUUUUUCCCGCCUCCUGACAUAUCCUCCCACCCCCGUCGAGGAUUUAGGGAUGCCCGGGGGAAAGAAAGUGGUCCCAAGUGGCAGCAGCGGUGCCUCACCGAGCGCAGCCGCCACCACCGCCGCUGCUGCUGCUGCUGCUGUCGCCGCCGCCCACUCUGGCAUUAAACGUUUGGAGACCAGCGAAGGGGCCUCAGCACAACAGAGAGAUGAGGAUCCAGAGGAUGAAGGGGAAGAGGAUCUACGAGAUGGAGGUGUCCCCUUCUUCAUCAACCGAGGUGGACUGCCAGUGGACGAGGCCACCUGGGAAAGGAUGUGGAAGCAUGUGGCCAAGAUCCACCCGGAUGGAGAGAAGGUGGCCCUGCGGAUCCGUGGGGCCACGGACCUGCCCAAGAUUCCCAUACCAAGUGUGCCUACUUUCCAGCCGACGACGCCCGUCCCUGAGCGCCUGGAAGCCGUGCAGCGCUACAUCAGGGAGCUGCAGUACAAUCACACAGGGACACAGUUCUUUGAAAUUAAGAAGAGCAGACCUCUGACAGGGCUGAUGGACCUGGCCAAGGAAAUGACCAAAGAGGCUCUGCCAAUCAAAUGCCUGGAAGCUGUGAUCCUGGGAAUUUACCUCACCAACAGCAUGCCCACCCUGGAACGCUUCCCCAUCAGCUUCAAGACCUAUUUCUCAGGGAACUACUUCCGCCACAUUGUGCUGGGGGUGAACUUUGGGGGCCGCUACGGAGCCCUGGGCAUGAGCCGGAGGGAGGACCUGAUGUAUAAACCUCCAGCCUUCCGCACCCUCAGCGAGCUUGUGCUGGACUACGAGGCGGCCUACGGGCGCUGCUGGCAUGUGCUGAAGAAGGUGAAGCUGGGCCAGUGUGUGUCCCACGACCCCCACAGUGUGGAGCAGAUUGAGUGGAAGCACUCAGUGCUGGACGUGGAGAGGCUGGGCCGGGAAGACUUCCGCAAGGAGCUGGAGCGUCAUGCCCGAGACAUGCGUCUCAAGAUUGGCAAGGGGACAGGCCCUCCCUCCCCCACCAAGGACCGGAAGAAGGAUGUUUCCUCCCCACAGAGGGCCCAGUCCAGCCCCCACCGCAGGAACAGCCGCAGCGAGAGACGGCCUUCAGGAGAGAAGAAGCCUGCAGAGCCCAAAGCCAUGCCAGACCUCAAUGGGUACCAGAUCCGGGUGUGAGGCAGAUGCCAGCACCCCCAGGCCUCCUCUGCUUCUGGAGGCCCUGACCCACAUGAACGAAAGAAUCUACUUGGUUCAGACAGGGGCUGGGAGCUGGGAGGCAGGAAGGAUGCCUUGCGGGUCAGUCCCAAGUGACUUCCCCUCCCAACAGAGCCAAGCCCCUAACUGGGCCAAGAAGCAGUUAUAUUUUAUUUGGCAUUUUAGCCCCACAACUGAAGGUGAAGGUGUUUGGAGGGAAAGACACGUGGAUCUGCUGGUAGCUGAGAAGGCUUGUUCUCUCUGAGCACUGUGUGGCUUGGGGCGGAGGGGGGGGGGCGCUUGCUGGUUCUGUGGGCUCCUUCUUCCAGCAGUGAUCGGGGUUGGGUGGGCCUCGCCAUCCUGUGCGGUGAGGGUGGGGUGGGGUAGGGAUGGAGAAUCAUGAUCCAGGGAAAGGGAACAGGGUAGAGGUCCCCCUGAGAAAGCUCCACUUAUUCCUCAAAUCAGGAACUUGGCAGAGGCCAUAUCUGCCUAAGGUGGAAGCCUGUGGCACAGGAGAGCCCUUAGGUCAGGUCAGUGUGACUCUUUACACAGCACUGUGUCCCCCCCCCCAAUACAUGCACAUACAUAUUGUCACCAUAGCCAGCGUGGGAUUAGGCUAUAGGCGAACGGGGAGAGGCCCGUUGCAGGGGAGAGUUCCUGGGCCCCAACCCAUAUGCUGGUUCAGUCUGGUCUUGACUACUGCUGCAUCCCAGGGACUUCGUGCAGAAGGGCUGGACUUUGUAGAGUCCAGAAUUGCACUGGGGACACCAUGACCUUGAGAAACUGGCUGGGCUUUGGGUAGUUGCGUAGGGCCCUCUCGUUGUGUGAGUGGGUUCUUCUCCCCGACUUCUCAGAGUCUCAGCCCUUGCUGGGGAAACAAGGCCAGACCAGGAUGCCUAUAUUCCAGCCCUGCCUUGCCUGCCUUAGCUGCCCAUUUAGGCUUGGGGUGGCAGCCAACUUUAGCAGUUCCUUGGGGCACUGGCAGGGAGGAGGCUGGGCAGGAGGAGCCGUCCAUCUCCCAGCCCUCAGGCAAGAGAUCCCUGAUCUGGAAAGUGUGGCUGUGGAAAGGGGCUGUCAGGGCUGGGGGAGGAGAGACAGCCCCGGAGUUGGGAGCGUGUAAGUGCGACGUGUGGGGGGCAGUUCGGGAUGGGGCUGUGCGGGGGCUGAGUCCCCUUGCAGCAUGGACAGUACCGAUCGGUCAGGUUGCUGGUGGCUGUAAGUGAUGGGAUAUAGGAUGAGGUGACCGUGAAGGGGGUGCUUUCCUGAGAGGCAGAGGCAGCCUUGGCAGGUGCCAUAUGUCGCCAGAGGGUUGAGGGCUUGGAAAAGAGCAAGGGAAGUAGGAACUCAGAUGCCCACAGGGCCAACAGAUAACGAGGAAGAGUGCUGGGUGGGGACUGUGUCCGGGGAAGACCAUGUCCCAUUAAAGUGGGCUGCUACAUUCUACCGUUCCCACAGUGCAGACCCUAAGAGGUAGUUUGGGGGUGGGGGCGGGGUGGGGGGCUUGUUUUGCUUUUUGUUUGUUUGUUUGUUUUGCUUUUUAAGCCAGGACUCUGAAUUAGAACAUGAAUUGUAAUUUUUAAAAGUUUAACCAUCAGUUCAAGAAAUUGUCGCUGUAGGUGAGAGAGAGGACCAGCCUGCAGCCUCUGGGGUGGAGAGCUUGGGCCGGUUGUGGGGAGACUCCUGGGGUGCUGUGGGUGGAAAUGUGACGGUUUUCAGGUUCCCGGAAGCAGAAAGGGCCCACUUCCUGUGUCAUCCCCCUUACCCCGUCCUACAGAGACCAUGUGUGUACUUGCUGGUCACCAGAGGGGGUACAGUGGGAUAGAAUGGAAGAGCUCUUGCCUGCCCGGAAAUGGACAGUGGCCGGAAGUAAAGAGGGGAGGGGGAGGAAGAGGAGCAAUGUCUCUUCUGGCCACAGGUGUCACACCGAGGCUGGCUGCCCAUCACACCAGCAGUUCCUAGGCCCCAGAGCCAGGCUCAUGGGACCCAGCACAGGCACCAUGGGAGGCCAGCUACUUAGUCCCUCCCUGGUCUUACCUGGUUCCUCCUGGGGUCAGAGGGUCCCUGGGAAGUGCAGACCCAUGGCUGGAGCCCCAAGAAGAGCGUGACACUCUUUGAUCCACCUCAGAGUUCGGGGAGCAGGGAUAGUGAUCCCCAUAUUCCCAUGCCCACCUUGAGAGGUACAGGGCCGAACAAGAUCUUUUCUGGAUCUGAAUGUGGCUGCUUAUCCGCAGCCCUCUAUGUCUCUGGGAACUUCAAGACGGGACAGAAUAUGGGAGAAAGGGGUGUGAGGGCAGCCGGAGUCGAGUAUGUUUAGAGAACAGCGCCAGGUCCCACAGCCUUGGGACUGUCGCUCUGAGCCCCGGUUCCUUCCUCUGAGGUCCAGGAGAGGAGGAAGCAGGUGGAGCAUUGACUUGUUCAGGGUGUGGGAGAACAGCUCAUGGCCAGCUGUGACUCCCCUGCUGUUGACCUCUCCGGAGCUGAGGACUUCCGGCCUGUGGAGCCUGUCACAGGCCACAGUGGUGCUUUUUAUUUUUUACUCUCUUUCUCAUAUGUAGCAAGCCAUCCUCCCCGCCUGGGGCCCUUUACACAGGCUGUGCUUCCUGGGGCUGGCCUGGCUGUAUGGUUUCUGGGGAGGGAGGCAGAGGCAGGGACUUUGGGGCCUUAGUCACCAUCAUGGCAUCACUUCAUCUCCCUUCCUAUGAGGGAAGGGGACCUGGCAGGUGUGACUCCAGACCUCUUGACUCAGGCCUGCCUUUCAGCUUCUCUGGCCCACCCUUGGCUGAGGCAGGGUCAAGGUGAGGUCAGAGGAAGUCCCUUGGUGGAGGCGGCCUAGGGCAGAGGUCCCCUGUGCUGGGUGUUGGGUCAGAAUACUGGGAAGCUGGCUUCAGAGAACCUUCCUCUCCACCCAGCAACCUGCCAGUCCUUUCCCUCCAUAGCCUCACGUUCCCAUGCUCCCCUGAUCCCUCAUGCCAACCACCCAUCCUUAGCGGGCAUGGCCAAGUGGGCAGAGCAGCGGCCUCCUGGCCCCAGACUCGAUGAUGAAGCCGAGAGACCGGGUACUGAGGAGCAGACUCAGAAAACUGACCGUGGCUGAUGUCUAGUCCUUUCUGUCUGUCAGGUGAUGCCCCAACCCCUUCCAGCUGGGAUGACUUCCUGGCUCGGGGGACUAGGUCUAAUGAUAGCUGUGUAAUGCCCUGAGGCCUGUGUACAUAGACACCUGGCUUUCCUGCCUGGGAUGAAUUCUGGCGUAACACAUCCCGGCCCCACCCUGGUGUUUGGAGUGCAAGGAUGUGCGGGUGGGGACCAAUAAGCUAGAGGUGUUCAAAGGCAAGGAUAUUCUAGAAGGAGCAGGCGGGAGCUGAGGAUUAACCCUGCCAGGCACCACAGCCUCCCGCCAGCAUCUCCAGGCAGGUGGGGCUGCCACAGUGCUAACUGCAAGUCCUUUGCUAGGAUCCUCUCUCUCUCACUCCAGCUUGGUGCUUCGAGGUGCCAAGCCUCCUUGUUAAUUUAAGUCUAAAAAGAAGUCUGGAUACGGUCGACCCCUGGGCCAGCGAUGAUGGACCGUCCCGCCCCUGUGCUUUGUCCGACUGCUGUGUUGUCGUGGAUGUCGUUAUCCCUGUCUUCAUAUCAGUAUUAGCCCUGCCUUUGACUGCACACUUGGUCUCAUUCUUUUCUCGCUUUCCUCCCCGAAAUGAAUAAAGUCUCCCCAGCUCCUGUUGUAUGGGCUGGCAGAAAUCACACGAAA